UCAGGAAAUGUGGAAGGCAUGAGAGAGAGAGAGAGAGAGCGAGCGUCUCCUGGGGAAUCCCAUCUCCAUGUGAUCCCACCUUACCCUCUUUCCCACCAGCCCCGGGGAUCUAAUUGCUUUCCUACACGUUCCCUCCAAGAAUGGAUUUCCAAACCAACCAGACCUCCAACGAUUCCAAUUCUGCUCUAAACAGAUCCGAGCUGGGACGAGCCUUCCCUCCCAAUGGCGACCUCGGCUCCAUGAGUUAUUCGACCAUCAUCAUGUCCACCCUCUUCGGUAUCAUCUGUCUGGUGGGCAUCAUUGGCAACAGCCUGGUGAUCUGUGCCGUCUUCAAGAAAUCCAGCCCCAGCAGCACCGUACCUGAUAUCUUCAUCGUCAACCUUUCCUUGGUGGACCUCCUGUUCCUUCUGGGGAUGCCUUUCCUCAUCCACCAGCUGUUGGGCCAAGGAAGCUGGAAAUUCGGAGGGACCAUGUGCACCAUCAUUACCGCCUUGGAUGCCAACAGCCAGUUCACCAGCACUUACAUCCUCACCGCCAUGUCCAUUGACCGCUACUUGGCUACCGUCUAUCCUUUCUCCUCCACACGCUUCAGGAAACCUUCUCUGGCCAUCAUGGUCAUAUGCCUGCUCUGGGCCCUCUCCUUUCUCAGUAUCACUCCAGUCUGGAUGUACGCCCAGCUCAUUCCCUUGCCAGGAGAGCUCCUGGGGUGCGGGAUACGUCUACCGGAUCCUCGGUGGGACAUCUACUGGUAUACCCUCUACCAGUUCUUCCUUGCUUUUGCCAUCCCAUUUGUGGUCAUCACAGUGGCCUACCAGAGAAUCCUCCUGAAGAUGGCCAGAUCUUCUGAAGCCCUGACCAGGCAAAGAGGCACCCAGCUCCGGAUCAAACGGGUGACACGCAUCGCCAUUGCCAUCUGCCUGGCCUUCUUCUUGUGUUGGGCUCCGUUCCACGUCCUACAACUCAUCCAACUGGCCAUCGAGCCCACCUUGCCCUUCUAUUACGCCUACAAUGUGGCGAUCAGCCUGGGUUAUGCCAACAGCUGCCUUAACCCUUUCAUCUACAUCUUGCUGGGGCAGAAUUUCCGACGGAGAAUCACGGUGUCCGACCAACCUGCAGACGCGGAAGGACUCUUCCAACAUCACGUCAAAAGCGCCCCUGGAGACCCCAGUGAAUCUGGGCAGCCUUUGCUACAUUUGGUCUCUGUCUUGGCCAGAGAGAGAUGACAAAUGGAUUUAUUUGGGGGAAUAAACUCCAGGGAUAUGUGCUCAUCCACUAGCUCUUGCCUGUCAGGAUUCCGGCAGUUAUUCCAAUUAAAUCAUGAGCCUUGAGCUACACUCCCAAAACUUCAAAGGAUUUAUUAAAAGUUAACAUGCCGGCAUUAGC